GCUAGCCUCGAUCCCCCAUUAUUCUUAUAUCAAGCAAGCUAGCUGCGAAUAAUGGGUUCCAUUCCAGAGACAGUCAUUGUGCCUCAUGUUGUGUGCAUCCCAUUCCCAGCACAAGGCCAUGUAAACCCCUUCAUGAACUUGGCCAAGCUUCUCCAUCAUAGAGGCUUCCACAUAACCAUGGUGUACACAGAGUUCAACCACACUCGGUUACUCAAGUCCAAGGGACCCGAGGCGCUGAAGAACUCUCCAGGUUUCAGGUAUGAGACCAUUCCUGAUGGCGUUCCACCUUCCAACCCUGAUGCCACUCAGAGUGUCACUGAGCUCUUGUACUACACAAAGAAGCACUCGGUGGUUCCCCUACGGGACUUGAUUGUGAAGCUCAAUUCCAACCCAGAUUUGCCUCCGGUGAGCUGCAUUAUUUCUGAUGGGAUUAUGGCCUUCGGAAUCAAAGUUGCCCGAGAACUUGGGAUUCCUGAGGUUCAGUUCUGGACUGCUUCCACUUGUGGUCUCGUGGCCUAUCUGCAGUUUGUAGAGCUUGUCAAAAGGGGAAUUUUCCCAUUAAAAGAUGAGAAAUAUAUUACCAACGGUUAUCUGGAAAGCACUACUCUAGAGUGGAUUCCAGGAAUGAAUCACAUGCGACUGAAGGACAUGCCGAACUUCGUCCGGUCCACUGAUCGGGAAGAUAUCGCCUUCAACCGCUGGCUCGAAGAGGCACAGGACAUCCUCACAGCCGAUGCCAUCGUAUUUAACACUUUCUACGACUUCGAGGCUGAAGUCCUGGACACCGUUGCCUCUGUGUUCCCCAAGAACAACAUCUACAAUCUCGGCCCCCUCACCACACUCUGCAAGACCUUGCCAGCAAUCGAGGAUCCAUCGACUCGUCCAAACCUGUGGAAGGAGAACACCGAGUGCCUGACCUGGCUCGAUGCUCAAAAGCCCGACUCAGUCAUCUACAUCAACUUCGGCAGCAUUGCUGUCAUGACUGCUGAUGAUUUUGAUGAGUUUGCAUGGGGUUUGGCAAAUAGCGGUCACCCAUUUCUGUGGAUCGUACGGCCGGAUGUUGUGAAGGGCAAACUGUCGGCAACUUUAUCGGACGAGUUUUUGGAAGCCACCAAAGAUCGUGGCGUGAUCGCCCGAUGGUGUCCCCAACAGAAGGUGCUUGCCCAUCCUUCCGUGGGGACAUUUUUAACCCACAGCGGGUGGAAUUCCACGCUCGAAGGGAUAUGCGGUGGAGUGUCUAUGCUUUGUUGGCCGUUUUUUGCGGAGCAGCAAGUGAAUUCUAGGUACGCCUGUACAACAUGGGGGAUUGGUAUGGAGAUUAGUGCUAAUGUGAAGAGAGAGGAGUUGGAGAGUUUGGUGAGGGAGAUGAUGGAAGGGGAGAAAGGGAAGAUGAUGAGGAAGAAGGCGGUGGAGUGGAAGAAGAAAUCGGAGAUUGCUUGCAGUGUUAAUGGAGGGUCGUCUUACGAGGAUUUGGAGAGAUUCGUUGAAUUUAUCCUGAAAUUAUCGGUCAAGCGUUAAUUUCUGAUCGUGGUUAAAUGCAUGCAUGCAUGCGUGAUGAUGGAUGGUUUGUAAUUUGUUGUGUGCUGGCAAUAAUGUUGAUUGUUAGUGGAGGUAUGUGUGAUUAGUUGGCCUGGUCUAAUAUGGCCGAGUACUGAAGCUUGUUGUUAGCCGGAGUUCUGUAAUCAGGGCUCGAGGUGUCUUAAUUUGUGAAAGUUCUGUAAAAUAUUGAAAAGUUAUAUGAAAUAAUGAGAACAAAGUUAUUUA